AUGGUUGGAGUGUUGUUAUUACAGAUCCAUGGCGUUAGCUCCGCCCCCCCCCCUCCCCUCAGGAGAACUGACGUUGUGCGUCUAAACGAGCGCACCCCAGAAACCACCCAGAUCCUAAGGAUACACGACAGAGACUCAGAUCGCAGCCUAAACAUCCUCCAGAGGCUAGGAAAGGGACCGAGAGGGACCGAGAGGGACCAGAAGCACCGAGCCAUGAUGCACAUGCGCGGGGCCGCGCUCCUCUGUUUCUUUAUGGGACUCCUCUGUUUUGAGGCAACUGCGAAGAAAGGAUCAGGUGGGUUUGGAGGCGGCGGGUUCGGAGGAGGAAGCAAGAAAACACCUACAAACAAGUGGGGCACCUCCAAACCCUUUCAGCCCAACAGGAAGCCCAACCCCUACCCUGCAGGAGGGAGCUACCCUGGGGCUGGGAACACCAACCCUGGAGGGAAUCCCAGACAGAACCAGCCUGCGGGAGGGUACCCUAGACAGAACCAGCCUGCGGGAGGGUACCCCAACCAAAACCCUGCUGGGGGGUACCCCAACCAGAAUCCUGCGGGAGGAUACCCUAGACAGAACCAGCCGGCUGGGGGCUACCCAGCCGGUGGAGGGUACCCAAACCAGAACCCUGCUGGAGGGUACCCCAGACAGAACCCAGGAGGAUACCCGGCAGCAGGAGGAUACCCAGCAGGAGGAGGAUACCCGGCAGCAGGAGGUUACCCAGCAGGAGGUGGCUAUCCGGUCAGAGGAGGGAACACAGGGCAGGGAUGGGGGGCUCCUGGGGGCUCGUACCCUGGGGGGUAUCCCGGCGGAGGGAUGGGGGGCGGCUACCCAAACUGGAACCCAAACAACAAGAUCCUGAGCCCUCGCUACGGCACCGGGAGCUACGGUGGGUACGGGGCAGGCGGCUCUCCCUUCGCUCGCUCAGCCUCGAGUAACGGGUUCAUGCCCAAACCCGAGUCCAGGGGCUUCGCUAAGAAGGCGAUGCUGGCGGCCGGCGUGGGCGCCAUGGCGGGGAUGGCUGUAGGCUACGGGCUUGGCCGCUUCCCCCGGCCGCACUUCCCCUUCAGGAACCAGGAAGAAGAACACUACUACAACAACUACAUGUACCGCCGCUACGGCUCGCAGUCCACCGACCAGAAGGACUACGGCCGCGACUAUGAGUUCAAACCGCCGCCCAGAGCCCAGACCUACGAGGCCUUUAUGGCGAGGUGCAUGAACCAGACAGACCUCCUCAAGGACAAGGAGGAGGACCUGGAGGAGGAGGACCGGGACGCCGUGAGCAUCCAGGAGGUGGGCUACCCCGCGCUGGUGGAGCAGAUGACGUCUCGGCGCUGUGUGGAGAAGUACAUGGUGUAUUCAGAGCAGUUCCUGCAGAAGAGGUCGGAGGCUCAGGUCCAGAACAGCGUCCUGAGGGUCACGUCUGCCCUGGGGCUACUGUCAUGCAUGCUGCUGCUGCACUGA